AUGGCAUUGUAUCUUGUCUCAUAUCUCGACAGAGGAAACAUCGGCAAUGCCAAAGUCGCCGGCGUCCAAGAUGACCUCGCCCUGAGCGACCAUCAGUGGCAGUGGGUGCUGUACGCUUUUUACAUCGUGUACACCUGCUUUGAAUGGUCCAUCAUCUUUUGGAAGAUCUUGCCUGCACAUAUCUGGUGUGCCUUUGUCUGUCUUGGCUGGAGUGCCGCUGCGAUGUGGUCCGGUGCCGUGACAAGUUACGGUGGGCUCGUUGCCUGCCGUACUUUGCUUGGCCUCUUUGAAGCAGCUUUUGGUGCCGGCGCAGUCUACUUUUUGACGCUUUUCUACAACCGCAGAGAAUUGGGAGUACGCCUAAGCCUCGUCCUUGGUACAUCCCCUUUGGCAAACACAUUCGCUUCGGCCCUGGCGUACGGCAUCAUGGAGGUCAAGAACUCCAUCGCGCCAUGGCGGCUACUGUUCAUAAUCGACUCACCAUCAACUGCUGGAUUCUUGACUGAGACGGAGAAGACUGAGGCUGUUGAGCGCCUGCAAAUGCGCGACCGGACCGCCAAAUCGAAAGUGUCCGGCAAACAAUACUUCUCCGGUCUCGCUGAUUACAAGAGCUGGUGCCAUGCGACAAUGCACUUCUGUUGCAAUUAUUCCUUUGCGGGCUUGUCGAACUUCUUGCCCACCGUGGUGGCGAACAUGGGCUUUACUGACCAAGAGGCCCAAGGCGUCACCGCUCCGGUGUAUCUUGCCUCGUUCCUAGUCUCCGUCGGUGCCGCCUACACUUCGGAUCGCGUGGGAACACGAGGAUUUUUUGUCGCCGGCUUCGCAGCAAUGGGCGCCGUGGGAUACGUUUUACUGGCGACAACGUACGGCACGGCGUCUCGCUACGUGGGCGUCUGGCUCGCCUCGAUGGGGAUCUUCUCUGCAUUGGCCUUGAACGUAACUUGGCUUUUCAGCAACUCCGCUGGCGACUCCAAGAAGGGCGCCGCUUGGGCCGUCUUCACGACCGUCGGCCAGCUGUCUUCAUUCAUCAGUAGCUCGCUGUAUCCCGACACCGAGGCGCCACGCUAUGUCACUGGCUCAGCAGUCGGCUGCGGCCUGACCGGCUUCAUUGUCAUUGUCUCUCUCAGCCUUCAUUUCAAGCUGGCCCACGAGAAUCGCAAGAGAGAUCGUGAAGAUGGUCCGGUCGCGAGGAAUGCAACGGUUGAUGUCACUGUCGACGGACAGAAUAUGCGCAACUUCCGAUUCAUGACCUAG